GAGAUGCACCGCACGUUCUGGUGACAUCCACGCUAGGAUGAGGUGAAACGGUUGUUUUCGUCUUGCUGUUAUUAGCUGCCUGUAAAUUAAGGUAUAGCGGCUUUUAGAUCGGGAAUACCGCAGUGUCCCUGGCCUGUAGGGUACCCCCUUCCCUCUGGAAUUACUGCCAGACUGACGGCUUCACCCCCCGCUUCGUUUUCGGUGAGUUUAUCGCCAUGUUAUCAUCCGUUCCCACCAGGCUAAUUGCCCGAAGGUCGCGCAGCCUGUCACCAUGCCGACGCGUUCUCCAGACCAGCGCAACCGGUGCCGCCUGCCAGGGCAUCCGCGAGACACCGGCGGAGACCAACCGCAACCCCAUCGUGUCCAGCUCGCGGGUCUCCAGAAGGGGUAUUUUAGCUGAGGACACCAGUGGUACCAGUGUGAACCCGUCGGUGCAGUACCACCACCUCGCCCCUAGGUGGCUGUCCAACCUGGAGAACCGCCGCAGCUCAUGGGCAGCUCUGGCCAGCAGAGGGCGCAACAAUAACCAGUACUGGGAGGAGAGUGGGCCGGGCGGAGGAGGAGAGGGCCGGGGGACAGGUGGAGGAGCCAGCCGGGCAGGAGUGGCCUCUGCCGGUGUGCUGUCUGCUGCAGCCGUGGCUUUCUGCCUGAAGAAAGAUACUGAUAACAAAGGUGAUGCUCUUCUGGAGGCAGCAAGGACCAACAACUCCCAAGAUGUGGCCAGGCUGUUGAAAGAGGGGGUUGACCCAAAUCACCGCCACCGCUUAGGUUGGACUGCUCUCAUGGUGGCUGCCAUGAACCGACAGCACAGCGUGGUGAAAGUUCUGCUCGAAGCUGGUGCCGACCCAAACGCUGGAGAUCACUUCAACAACGUUUACGACACCUCGCGGGAGAAAGGCAUCCACUCACUGGAAGUUCUCGUGUCCAGAGAGGAUGAAUUCAGCAGCCGGCUCAGCAGCAGGGCCGGCUUUCGUGGCUGCACGGCGCUUCACUACGCCACGCUGGCUGAUGACCCAAGCGCCGUCAGCAUGCUGCUGGAGGCUGGUGCCAACCCCCUGCAGACCAAUGGUUUGGGACACACAGCACAGGCCUACGCUAAGGAGGGAGACGUGAGCACAAUACUGCAGCAGUGGGAGGGCAAGUUCCAGGAGGCGCAGGCUCGGCGGGAGGCAGAGGAGAGGAGGAGGUUCCCCCUGGAGAGGAGGCUGAAGGAGCAUAUCAUUGGACAGGAGGGGGCCAUUAAUACUGUGGCCUCAGCCAUCAGAAGGAAGGAGAAUGGUUGGUACGAUGAAGAGCAUCCCCUCGUAUUCCUCUUCCUCGGCUCAUCAGGAAUCGGGAAGACAGAGUUGGCCAAACAGGUGGCUCGUUACAUGCACAAGGACAUCAAAAAGGGUUUCAUCCGUAUGGACAUGUCCGAGUUCCAGGAAAAACACGAGGUGGCGAAGUUCAUUGGCUCCCCGCCGGGAUACGUGGGACAUGAGGAAGGAGGUCAGCUGACCAAGCUGUUGAAGGCGUGUCCCAACGCCGUUGUCCUGUUUGAUGAAGUAGACAAAGCCCACCCUGAUGUUCUCACCAUCAUGCUGCAGCUCUUUGAUGAGGGUCGCCUCACAGACGGUAAGGGGAAGACCAUCGAAUGUAAAGAUGCCAUGUUCAUCAUGACGUCUAACGUUGCAAGUGAUGACAUCGCCCAGCAUGCUCUGCAGCUUCGACAGGAAGCGGAGCAGGUCAGCCGCAGGAAGCUGGCCGAUAACCUUGAGGACGUACAGAAAAGUGGUGACGUCACAAUCUCCCGACAGUUUAAAGAAUCUGUGAUUCGACCGAUCCUGAAGGCUCAUUUCCGGAGGGACGAGUUUCUUGGUCGGAUCAAUGAAAUUGUAUACUUCCUGCCAUUCUGUCACUCAGAGCUGCUACAGCUGGUCAGCAAGGAGCUCAGCUUCUGGGCCAAGAAGGCUAAGCAGCGCCAUGACAUCACUCUUCAGUGGGAUAGCCCGGUUCUGGACCUGUUGGCGGGCGGGUACAACAUGCAUUACGGAGCACGCUCUAUCAAACAUGAGGUUGAACGACGGGUCGUCAACCAGUUAGCCGCCGCGUACGAGCAGGAGCUGCUGCCCAAAGGCUGCAUCCUGCGUCUGUCUGUCCAAUCAGAGGACCAGGACGAGCGGAGCACGCCCAGUCUGCGCCUUGAGGUGGUCGGAGAGGACAGCUCAUCGAGAACGCUGGAUAUCCGUCCACCGCUCAGCCCUGAACACUAACAAACAACACAAACACAAACUGGAUAUAUCCAGAUAUGUAUGCACACAUGUACACUUUACACACACACACAUCACUAUCACCAUCAUCAUCAUCAUCAUCAUCAGACAGUGUCAGGAGGAUGGAUGGUUCUUGAUGGAUGUUACCAAUAAAAGUACCUCUGAUAAACAUCA